GGGGCGCCGCGACCCGGCUCUUUCGGCGGUAACUCGGGCCAUGGCUACGACGCCCGGACGCGUGGCCCCGGAGGUCCCCUUUAACCCUUCGCAACCCCCCGUCAUUGAAGGCUUCAGCCCCACCGUCUUCGAUCCUGUGGAAAGCGUCAAGGACAAGUUCGUGCGCAAAACCCGCGAGAACCCGUUGGUGCCCAUCGGCUGCCUGGGUACCGCGUCCGCCCUCCUGUACGGCCUCUACUGCUUCCACCGCGGCCAGAGCCAACGCUCGCAGCUCAUGAUGCGCACCCGGAUCGCCGCGCAGGGCUUUACCGUGGUCGCCAUCCUGCUGGGGCUGGCCACCUCCGCGAUGAAGGCGCGAUCCUGAGCCGGCCGCACCUGAUGCACCCCGAACUUCUCCGCCAGGGUCUAGGCCAUCUCCCCU